AAGCUGCUCUUUUGCUCUUUGCGUGGCAAAAGUGCAGCCCUCACAGGGGGGGCUAGAGAAGCUGCUUAGUCCUCCUGCUCCCCUUGCGAACUCCUAUUCCCUGCCUGCAGCGCACCGUUUUCGGGGCCCCACCUGACGUGAGUUUUCCCUUAGGAGUGAGAAGGAUGGACGAAACUGCUGGGGAUUUGAAACAAGAGCUCCCAAACAUGUGCGAUAAUGUUCAAAUACACGUGGAAGUUCAUCAGAAUUCAAUAAGCACGGCGAAGAAAGAAGAUAUCAGGAUGAGUGUCCUAAAACUGUUGAACAGACAUAACAUUGUGUUUGGUGAUUACAAGUGGACAGAGUUUGACGAUGGUUUCCUUAACAGCAAUGUGCAGUCUGUGUCAAUUGUAGAUACAGAGCUGAAACUAAAAGAAAGACAGCCUAUUGACUUGAGCAAAAGUAGUCUUUCUAUUCACGUUUUUCAUCUGAAUGAAGAAGGGCCAAGCUCUGAAAACCUGGAAGAAGAUAAUGAGGAUAUCGUUGCAGCUAACCACUGGGUGCUACCUGCAGCUGAAUUCCAUGGCCUUUGGGAAAGUCUUAUAUAUGACACUGAAGUAAAAUCACAUUUACUUGAUUAUGUGACAACAACAUUACUAUUUUCUGACAGAAAUGUUGACAGCAACCUGAUAUCAUGGAACAGAGUUGUUUUGCUGCAUGGCCCUCCUGGAACUGGUAAAACCUCUCUCUGUAAAGCAUUGGCUCAGAAGCUGACAAUACGAUUGUCGUACAGGUAUAAGUAUGGACAGUUAAUUGAGAUAAACAGCCAUAGCCUUUUCUCUAAAUGGUUUUCUGAGAGUGGCAAGCUCGUAACCAAGAUGUUCCAGAAGAUUCAGGAGUUAAUUGAUGACAAAGAUGCUCUUGUAUUUGUAUUGAUUGAUGAGGUGGAAAGCCUCACAGCAGCUCGCAGUGCCUUCAAGGCAGGCACAGAGCCUUCAGAUGCUAUUCGAGUGGUGAAUGCUGUACUGACACAAAUAGAUCAGAUUAAAAGGUAUCCCAAUGUAGUUAUCCUGACUACUUCAAAUAUUACGGAGAAAAUUGACAUGGCCUUUGUAGACAGGGCUGACAUAAAGCAAUAUAUUGGCCCUCCAUCCACUGCAGCAAUAUUCAGAAUAUAUCUUUCUUGCUUGGAAGAGCUGAUGAAGUGUCAAAUAAUAUACCCUAGACAGCAGCUCUUGACGCUCAGAGAGUUAGAGAUGAUUGGCUUCGUAGAAAAUAAUGUGUCAAGGUUAAGCCUUGUAUUAAAAGAAAUCUCAAGAAGAAGUGAAGGUCUUAGUGGCCGGGUCCUGAGAAAGCUUCCUUUCCUAGCACAUGCACUUUAUAUUCAAUCCCCCAGUGUUACAAUGAAAACAUUUCUUCAGGCUCUUUCACUUGUAGUAGACAAGCAAUUUGAAGAAAGAAGGAAACUUACAGACUCUGUGUGAUAGUUUAGUGUUUUAUACUUUUCUGCAUUAUUACCUAUGAAAAGUACAUCUUGCAGAGAAACUGUGCAGCUGUUACAGAUACGUAAAACAGAUUGUCAACACCUUAAAAAACCUGGAAUGCCUAAUCUAGUUUUUCAAAACGUUCAUUAAUAAACAGUUUUUACAGCACACUUUGCAAAAGCUUUAUUUCAAAUGCAGUGAGACAAUUGGAAGCUGACUUUCAGGAAGAGAUUUUACAUUACUUGGAGUUAUUAAAAGUGAGCAGACUUCCGUUCCUAAUUUCUUAACUUUCUGUGCAUGUAUCAGUUCUUUUAUUUCCAGUUUCUUUCAAAUUUUAAAAGCAAUAGAAUUUCAGUCUUUGAUGUGUGCACUAAUGCACUGAUAAUUACUACUGAAAUAAUGAAACUAGAAAAGACCUAAAGUGCUCACUUUAGCCCAGCCCUUUUAUACUGACAUGUUUUUACCCUGAAAUUUAUAAUACAUCACGUUUUUUUAUUAUUAUUAUUUAUACCAGCUUCGAAAGUUUAAGUUCGAGAUCAUUUAAAUGGAUUUUUACAAUACUGCUUUUUUUGUGUUGCUGCAAAUAGACCAUAUCUUGCUGAAAAGCAACUAAAAUAUGCAACAAAGUUUCUUCAGAAUGAAUGAAGGUUCUUUUUUGUUUGUUUGGUUUGUUUUUUUAAAUGUAGAUAUGACAUCAAAGUUACAAAUAAUCUGUGGGGUGGUAAAUAUUUUGUAGUGGGGAAAAAACAAACAAACGUAUCCAGUCUCUAAAGGGCCAGAGACAACUUUUAUGUAGUAAUUACAUAUCCUAUAUAAUACUGAUUACAAAAGUGACAAUUCUUUUUCUUUUACUAUUACAAGCAUUUCAUCUUCAGUCAGUUCAAAGAAUGAAAUGGAAGGGAAUUUCCACAUUAGCAGUUGAAUUUUCCUUAAACAAAGAUAAAAUAGUGAGCUUUAAGUAGAUGGCUAUGCAGUUAAUGCACACCUCCUAACCAUUAGUAUUAGAAAUAUUCUAAUGAUGCUAUGUUUCCUUAUUUCUUUUAUACCUUUUAAAGUCAAUGUUACAGUAUACUUUCAUGAGAUUAAAGAUUUGGUCAUGAGCUA